AUGGCUGAGGAUCCGCAGCCUUUGACCCUCCAGCAGCGGAUUGCAGCCUUAAACGCAGCCCAUAUUGGCCGCAUCCCUGGUGAUCCUCCUAGACCUUCGUUGCAGCCGGCCCCUUCUAUUCCUACAAGACGGCCUGCGUUCGUCCAGCAACAUACCAUCAACAACCCUCCCGAACGAGUGAAUGGAUCCGUCACAGACCACAAAGCGGGCAAUCAGCCGGCGCCUCCACCGCCUGCGAGAAAACAGCCUCCUCCGCUCCCUAAUCGGAAUAACUCGCUGGACGACCAGAGGAGGGGCUCGGUAGCAUCGACUACAUCUAGCGGGACGAGUGAGGCGAAUAUCCCAAGAGUUUCGGCCACACGAACAAAGUCAACCGAUUCUGCGAGUCGAGUCAAAGCCCCAGCGUGGGGAGAAUGUGAACUCCCGCCUCUGCCUCCUAGGAAUACACACACAGAGACAACAACUGGCAGGAAGUUCUCGGAUGACAGACCAAAAUACGCGAAUCGAGCUCCUGCAGAUGCUCCUGUAGGGAAACCUGCGAGGACAACAGAAGCCAAGCCAUCUCCUCCGCAAAGGCCCUCUCUUCCGCCUAGACUUCCUUCUCGAAAGCAGGAGUCCGAACAUCGUGAGCAUACCGAGAAUGCUCCUCUGAGAAAGAUCCUCCCUAUUCCCUCGAUCGAUGCGAUUAAGAAAGCAAAGAAGGCCACAUUCUCUCGUACUCCAACGGAGGACUAUGCACAUCCAGAAAUGGUCAGAAUCCUGGAUCCUGUGUCUCAACCUACAAAAUCGCACGUACCACUGCCUGUAAGAGAGCACAAAGUCCACCCGGCUCAAGAACACGUUGCUUUAUCGGAAAGAGAGAAUAGCUCUUUCCCAGCAAGAGAGGCACUCAACCACUAUGUCCACCAUCAACCAGCACCCCCUCCAAUACCACUCUCAUCGCGCCCAGAUCUAUCCGCCAUCCAAGCGACUAAACCCCAUUUUGCUACAAAUACAUCAGCACUGGACGCAAGUGCAUCGCUAAGAGGUACAGACUGUCUUAUAUGUCGUGACUUCUCCGGGCCGGAUCACCAAGCGACCCUUUUUCCAAGGACUCAGGUCACUUCGCUACAGACACUUGCUCAUCAAUUAACUUCACCCUUUCCAUCACCGACAGAUAAGGCCCGAGCGAUCUUUAUCUGGCUUCACCACAAUAUUGCUUAUGAUGUGGUAAGCUUUUUCGGAAACAAUGUAAAAGGGUCCACGCCGCAGUCAACUUUGCAGAGUGGCUUAGCGGUGUGUGAAGGCUACGCUGCUCUUUUCACGAACUUGGCCACUUAUGCUGGUCUUGAGUCAGUUGUCAUAUCAGGCCACGGAAAAGGAUACGGGUUUAGUGCCCUUGCGCCCGGCUCACCACUUCCUCCGUAUAAUGCAGGUCAUGCUUGGAAUGCGGUCAAAAUCGACAAUGGAGAAUGGAAGCUCGUCGAUGCCUGUUGGGGUGCAGGUUAUGUCCAAGGGGCACAUUGCCCAUAUGUUCAGAAAUUCAGUCCCGAGUAUUUCACCAUGCCCAACGAGGAAUUCGCUGUUAAGCACUUCCCUAGCCACAAAGAUCAAUUCUUCCUUCCAGGUGGCCGGCAAAUGAAAUGGGAGGAAUACAUUGUCAUUGACCCUGCUUGUUGGCCUGACACUUUUGAAGGUCCAACCAUCUUCACGAACGCCAAAGAAGAUUAUUACAUUGGCGAAAAGACGGUUCACCCUCGAACCAGAAAAAUCAAUGUCCAUCAGCAGGACCUGGUACGCUUCCAGUUUAACCUGCUCUGCCCGCAUUGGACCCUGGAGAAACACACACGCAAAGGUCGGCCGCCGGUCUUCAUUGUCUCAGUCAACGGCGUGGACGGCCGAAACAAGGAUCAUAUACCCAUGGACCAUCAUCCUGGCGUUGCAGGCCAAGGGGGCGAUACGUGGCUCGUCGAUAUUCCUGCCAGGGAACUCGGGGCGCCAGGGCAAACAAUCACUCUUUUCGCAGUGACGAGUUUUGGGGAUAGGCAGGAUGCCCGGGGCUUGACGGUGCGGGAGUUCCGCGACGGCAAAGGCCGAGUAGGCAUGGGAUUUGUUGGCGUUGCAGCCUGGGAGUUGGUUUGA